CUCAGCGACCCCAGGCACCGCAGGCGGACUCAGCGGGCUGACGAGUGCUGACAAGCGGGCGCGGGAGCGGUGGGCGCGCGGUGAGUGCCUGAAGCGGGAGGCGCCUGGCCGGAUAUGGGAGGGCCGUCCCACGGGGUGCUGCCAUGUCGAGGAGCGUGUUCCCGGCGGUGGCGGGUGCGCGUUCGCUGUCCUUCGAUGCACGGCCCUUCCAGAACCCUGCAGCCGUCUCGCCCUAGGCGCUCGAUCGAUGCUUAUAAGGGGGGGCCUGCUCCUCGUCUUGCGUGCAGUGUAUGUGCUUCCCCUCCAGAAAGACUAAAGCCGCCUUCGACGACGAUAAGCCCGCCCCACCCAAGGAUAUAAAGCCAGCCCAGUCCUCCGCACCCGCACCACCAGCCAUGUCUUCCCCCAAGAUCGCCAUCAUCAUCUACACCAUGUACGGCCACAUCGCCAAGAGUGCGUCCCGUCCUCGCUCUGUGGUCCUUGCUGCGUACUGACAUGCGUGUAGUGGCCGAGACCGUCAAGAGCGGUGUCGAGGCCGCCGGCGGCUCUGCGACCAUCUACCAGGUCGCGGAGACCCUCCCGCAGGACAUCCUCGACCUGCUCCACGCGCCCGCCAAGCCCGCCUACCCCGUCCUCCAGCCCGCCGACCUCCCCCAGUUCGACGCCUUCAUCUUCGGCGUGCCCACCCGCUACGGCAACAUGCCCGCCCAGCUCAAGGCGUUCUUCGACGCGACGGGCCAGCUCUGGGCGACGGGCGCGCUCGCGGGCAAGUACGUGAGCGUGUUCGUCUCGACGGGCACCCCCGGCGGCGGCCAGGAGACCACCGUCAUCAACCUCCUCUCCACCUUCGUCCACCACGGCCUCAUCUUCGUCCCCCUCGGCUACAGCAAGACCUUCGGCCAGCUCGCCAACCUCACCGAGGUCCGCGGUGGCUCGCCGUGGGGCGCCGGCACGUUCGCGGGCGCCGAUGGCUCGCGCCAGCCGACCGCGCUCGAGCUCGAGCUCGCGAAGCUGCAGGGCGAGCACUUCUACAGCGUCGUCUCGAAGGUCAAGUUCUAAGCGUGUACGAGGGACUAGCUAGUAAGGACUAGUGCUCGAAUGACAUUGUAUCCGUAUUGUAGCGUCUUGUUGUUAUCGCUUUCUUCUCGCUGUCGGGUCGUGGCUGUUGCCGUGCUCUGGCAUGUCUGUGGGUCGAGGUGAUGAGGUCGGUGUGCACGCCGUUUCCUUGUCUUGUCCAGCAGCGAGCAGUGGCUGCUCCCAUGUCCCUACGCACGCGAACUCGCCGGUCAAUGGCACGAUGGCUCACGCGGACCCGGGCGCCGAUCUUCU